ACUGAAAGCAUAACAUUUAAACUAAGACUAGGAGUAUGAAGAGUACAUAGCUACAAAAAGAGCAAUGAACUUUUGCCUUGUUCCAUCUGAGAGAGCAACAUGGGUCACCAGGAGCUCUACUGUGGCCAUCCAAGGAAAUUUGGCCUGGGUUGUCAUUCCUGCCCCAUCUGCACAAACCGGCAAGGUCUGAUGUGGAAAUACUGUGUCACUAUGUGCCUCCAGGGUCUCCUUCAGUAUGGGAAGAAUAUGGGCUUCAUUAAAUUGGAUUAUGUGAGCCACUUUGAAUGGGUCCUCCAAGAUACCUACUGUAAUGCCUAUUCAUUGUACAUAAAAUAA